ACAGGGAAUUCAGUCUUACGGGACCGUUUGUGGCGUUUGAGAGUUGAGAGUUGAGACGCGAAGAAGAGAGAGAGAGAGAGAGAGAACACAGCGGCAACGUGUCUUCACAGGGCUCUCCUCACUUGACAUCUUUGUUCUGUCAGAUUAUCUGAAGAUUAAAUCCGGAUUACAGCGGCCGUUAGGGAAGAGGAAGAGAGAAAGGAGAAAAGAUCUCCGAAGUGAAGCAGAGAGCUCUAGUCUCCUCUUGUUCGUUUUCACUCUGCUUUUGUGAUUAGUUUAAUUUCUUCAAAAUGGCGAGCUCGGUCGACAAGGAAGCUCAGACAGGUGCCCAUGACGAAGUUGUCUCAGUAGAACUCCCAGCUCCUCCUGGUUGGACGAAAAAGUUUAUGCCCAAGAAAGGAGGGACACCAAAGAAGAAUGAGAUCAUUUUCAUUGCUCCAACUGGGGAGGAGAUCAGUAGUAAAAAACAGCUGGAACAACACCUCAAGUCACGCCCUGGUGGGCCUGCAAUAACUGAGUUUGAUUGGGGCACUGGUGAGACACCCAGGAGAUCCGCAAGAAUUAGCGAAAAGGCCAAGGCAACUCCACCACCGGAACCUGAGCCUCCAAAGAAACGAAGCAAGAAAUCACCAGCAAGUUCGAAGAAAGAAAUCAAGGAGACAGAAGAGAAGAAAAAAGAUAACAUGCAAGAUGCUGAGAUGUCUGAAAAGAAUGAGGAAACAAAGAAAGAGGAUUCUGUUGACAAGGAAAAUCCAGGUGGGAAUGAAAACAAAACUCAGGAAGAUACGGAACCAACCAAGAAGCAUGGUUCUGAAACAGAAGAAACUGCACUCGAAGGAGCCCCAGUUGAGAAAAAGAUUGAAACGGAAAAUGACACUGAGGUAAUCAAGAAGGAUAAUAUGGGUACAGAAGCCGAAUCAGCUGAAAAGAUCCAAGAAGAGAAGGAAAUUCAAAUGUCAGAUGCAGCCGAAGUGGCCACCAUGGAUGAUGCUAAAAAAGAAGUUAAAAUGGAGGAGCAGAUCCGUGAAAAGGUGGUGCUGCCACAAGCAGAAGCUGAGAAAAAUGAUGGACCAAAUGAUGGGGAACAAGAGAAACCAGAGGAAGUUGUUUCCAAUGAAGUGAACAGUGAAGUGGAGCUAGGCAAUAAAGAGAAACUGAACAAAAGUGCAGCCGAAAAAGUGGAAGAGAUCAAAGAGAAACAAGCAGCAAAUGGAAACAAUGAGGGACAUGCCUUGACAGUUGAAGAGAAAGGCAAGAAAACAGAUGGGGAAGUGAUGGAGAAUGGCAGCCGUAACAGUGAGGCUGGUGAGUCCAACCCUCGAGAGGUUAAUUCAAUGGGGCGGGCUCCUACCCCCUCUGCAGUGAGCUGCUGAGUGCAUUUCUCCCUUUAAUGUCCAUGGCCUCUGCCCCUUCUUGGGUUCCUCUGGAUGACUGUAAUAUUAAUGUUGGUGUUGGAACUGAUUUAUACAUGUACCUUGGUAGGUUAGGCCUUUGAUGCAGCAAGUACUGUUGCAUUUAGUUGAUGUUAGUUGUACUUUGUAGUGAUCCCUGUAAUUCUAGGUGUCUGACAAAUCUGAUAUGUUCUGUUA